UUCAAAUGAAAUUGAUUUAUUGAAAUACAAUAUGACGUGGUGUGAUUACAAUAGUUCAAAAGAAAUUAAUGUUAGAAUAAUGAAAAAUGUUUCAUUCACAAUAUAUGAUACUACAUUAGAACUACUUAAAAAUUUGUUACAAACUACAAUAACAUAUUUCAAUAAAUUAAAAAAAUCUGAAGAUUUUUUUAUAUUUUAUGAAUCAAUAGAUACGAUUUCAGACAAUUUUCAAGAUAUUAACACUUUAAUAUCAGCAAAUCAACAAGUUGAGACAUCUAACAAAAAACAUGACUGGAAGAGUGAAAUUUUAUUGAAAAUUAAAAUAAACAUCCAACAAAUCGUUUUAGAGGCCUAUAUCAAUUGUAGUGGAAAAACAUUAAAAUUUACUCAUUUUUUUCAUCACGAUUUAUUCCUGAUUAUCAAUAUUCAAUUGAUGUUUCAACGACAAAAAUAAAUAUUUUGAGUAGCAUACAAAAAAAUCAGAUAAUUCCAAGAUUUGAAUUAAUUCCUGAUCUUUUGCAAUCGCAUCCAUUAGUUAUUAUUCAGUUAGAAAAAAUACAUGCUAGUAUAUCGUGUUAUGAAGGUAAUAUAAAUAUUUCUACUGAAGCAAAAAUUAUAAUAGACUUGAUAGUAUAUGAAAAUGCGCUGCAAACAACAAUUUUAAAAUUAUAUUUUCAAUGUACAAAACAAAACUUUUUAAAUAAAAAGGAAAAUGAUGUUAUCAUUGAAACAAGUUCUAUCUCAGUAGAACUUGGACCAAGUACAAUUAAUUCUCUUUACAAAGCAAUUCAAAAUUGGAGCAAUAAUUACUACGAUGUGAAUCCAUAUAUAGUAUUUAAUGACACUAUUUAUAAAAUAAUUUCCAGAUAAAACAGAUAAUGACUUAUACCAUAUUAUUUGUUGUUCUUUAAUAAUUGAAAACAAAGAUGGAAUUGAUCGUAUGCUGUGUUAAAAUUUACAUAAAAAAUAUGACCUCCGAUUUCAAAGAAACUACAAUUUUACAAGUAGAUUCAGCUUUGAAUCGCGAAAAUGCUCAACAUUUUGAUUUGCCACACAGUAAAAAUAACAUCUCAAACAAAUUUAUGGUUUCAUUGAAGGGAAAUUUUUCAUUACAUUAAAUGAUGAAAUAAAAUUUCCUUCAGAAUUAAUAAACAUUCAAGAACAAAAUAUUGAGGGCGAAAAUGAUUUAAUUACCAUAGAAGUACAUAGUCGUUUUUCAUUAAAAUGUAGGAACUCAGUUUCUUGGAUAUUUGUUUUUCAUAUUUUAAAGGUGUAAAAAUUUUACAUUUUCGGAGUUCAUAUUUAGCUACUAACUAUAGCUCAAAAGAUAUAGCAUUAUGUGUCACAUGCUCAAUGCCUUCAUCACAUUUAUUGAAUAUACCCAAAAAUAUCAAUCAAUUAUCAAUUAUUUUACCAAAAAAACAAAAAAACUUAUGUAAACCAGUGGCCAUUUGGAGAUUAGUUGAUUCUCCAAUUAGCGAAGUAGUUGUUGAGAAUUUAAAUCAAUACCUUAUAUUUGUUUUGAAUGGACUUCUAAGUUGUCCAAUCAUGUUAUCUGAAUUACGUGGUGAGGAAUUUCCUAUACCAGUGGUAUUUUCCUCAUUUAGUGUAGAGGAUGAUCCCAUGAUUUGUGUUACAUUAUCAUGCCAUAAUAAACAACAUAUUAUAAACAUACUUGAUAAUCAACAUCAACAUAUGGUAUUGAAUAAUUUUUGUGAUCAUACAUUAAUAAUAUCAAAAAAUCCUAAUUGUGAAACAUUUUCGAAACAUUGGAAGUGGAUAUAUAGAAUUCAAAAAAAUCAAAAUAGCACUUUAUCUUUAAAGGGACUUAGCAAUAAACAAUUUUCAAUUUUGUAUCUGAAUAAGUUAAUGGGAAAUUCAAAAACUGAUUUAUCACAGUUAAAAUGUUUGGGAAGUAUAAUUAUAAAAAAUGAAGAAUGCCACUAUCUAAAAAAGAUAUCUAAUCAAAAUAUUGAUGUGAUAAUAAAUAAAGUAUUGUUUACUUGGAAUAUUACCAUAAAACCAAUUAUACAGAUUAGUAAAUCAAAUCAUUUUUUAUCACUUAACUCAGAAGAAAAAGGAUGCUUGAAUAAAGAACAAAAUUCAUUAAAUGAUCAUGAUGUGUGGAAAAAUAUUAAUUGCUAUAUUUCAGAGAUAUCAAUUAGUUUAUUCGCAGAUGAAAUAUACUCCAAUAGCUUUCUUGCUAUAAAAGUAAAAGAUAUCCUCAUCUAUUUAAACUCACUUAAAGAUUGUCAAAAUAAAGAAUAUGAAUUUAUUUUGUCAUUUGGACAUUUACAAAUAGAUAAUCAACGAUAUUCAAGUAGUAAUUAUAAAUUUCCGUCAAUAUUAAAAACAAAACAUAACAAUUUUCAAAAAUUAGUCAAUGAGACAACUGAUAUUUCAAACAAUACUUCAAAAAAAUUCAGUGAUGUAAGAAAUACUGAAUCAAAAUUUGUUAUUUCAUCUAUAUUGGCCAAAAAAAACAAUAAAUCCAUUGUAAUUUUGGAUUUAGAAAUUUCUUUACCAAAAUUAUAUGUGUAUUUUGAAUACGAAUUUUAUGUUCUAAUAUUAAAUCACUUAUUUAUGUUUGAAAAACUUAAAUUUGAUAUAAACGACCCAAAAGUCAUAUCUGAUGAUCAUUUGCCUUUGAUUCAAAAAACAUAUAAUAGAAACAUAUACCAACAAUUCAUGUUAAGAAAACUAUUAUUAAAGCCAUUUGUUCUCAAUUUAAGUAUAAGCUGGAAAAAUGUAUGUCAUAUAUCUUUUGAUUACUUACAAUUGAAUUUUCAAGAAUUUAUAAAAAUUAAUGUACAAAUGUCUCGAAAACAAUUAUUUAAAUGUUUAAUUAUACAUUAUUAUACAACAUUAAUACAAAAUGUCGGACAAGUAUUAGGUUUAAUUGACUUAGUAGGAGCUCCAAGAAAUUUGUCGUGUAUUAUAAGAGAUGGUAUAUCUCAAUUUAUUGAUUCCUCAAAACAAGGAAUAGGUCAAGGUGUUGCAUAUUCAAUUUAUGGAAUAAUUAAAGACACUACGAUAUUUAUAAUAAAAUUAGCUGAUGGCUUAUACAUGUCAGUAUUAAAGUUUGUUUUUAGCUGGUCAAAAACAUUCAUAGGAUUUCAAACUUCACAAUUGUUUGACUUGAAAUUACAAAAGUCGAUUAUUCAAAAUGGAGUGAUGGAAAAAAAAUUUUAUGAAUCCAAUUUGUGGUGUAAUUUAUUGUUAAAUUUAAAUUCUGAUGACAAAGUACUUGUAAUUGCGAAAUUAAAGGAUGUUAUUUUUGAAAAAAAGUUUCAAAAUAUGGUUAUGAUAUUAACAAAACAAUUUUUAUACUUCUUAAAUGAACAAUUGGAGUGUAUUGAAAAAUCAGCUAUGUCUGGAGUAAUUUUUUUAAACUCUGAUUAUGAUUUAAAAGACAUAUUCCUUAAUAAUGAGGCUAGUAUUUGUAUAUUAAAAGAAGCCAAACGAUCUAAUACCUUGGAUUUGGAUGAAAUUAUUGAUGAUAACAUUAUAGUAUUUACAGAUACUAUUACUUUCAAUAUUUUUGAAGGAGUCAUUAAAUCAUACAUUUUUAAAACUAAUAAUUUGGAAUAAAAACUAUUCAAUGGCUAUUAUAACUCUUAAAAUUCUUAAUUAUUACUGUGUAUUUUUAAUUUAUCUUUUACUUAAUAUUUCUUUUAUUAUAAAAUUAUUCUUAGAAUUUUUGUAGCAUUAAGAGAGUAUUU